AAAAGAAUUAAGAAAUCAAAAAUGUGACAAAAAAGAAAGGAGGGUAAGAAGGAACGACGAAAGCUAGAUAAUAUCAGUUUAAAAUGUCUUGGGACAGAUGCCACAAAAAUCUUCAAUUUGAACAAACGUCGAUCCUGCCAGCCCACUAUUCAAUGUUGUGUGUUAUUUUUCGCCAGAUUUGAUGCGUUUUGGUACUUUAAUUAAGAAAGCAACAUUGAUUGAGGAGGGCCCGCAGAGGGGAAGCGUGCUGUAUUGCAUGUGUUUAACAAACUGCAUGUAUAGAUCGACUUACAGUGUAAAACUGCAUGUGUACUGUCCCAAUAACUACUUUUUGAAAGUGACUGUAGAUAGAAAGCAAGGUUUUAUAAAUAAAAUAUUAUGUAUUUAGAACGCGUAUUAUAUGAUGCUUAACUCUCUUGCGUAGACUUGAUGAUGACGACUACGAUAAAGGUGCAGCGAAAGUUGAUGUUAUUGAAGCAACGACAGAGCCAACGGAAUACAAACAUCCUGAGAACCCAAUGAUUAGUUUCGUGGAUCUACCUGGCAUCGGUACACCGAACUUCCCUGAUCUUCCAACCUACUGUGAAAAAGUUGGCUUGGAGACUUACGAUACCUUCCUCAUUUUCACUGCUACUCGCUUUACAAAAAAUGACUUGGAAUUGGCAAAGAAAGUGAAAGAAAUUGGCAAAUCGUUCUUUCUUAUUCGCACAAAGAUCGAUGUCGACCUUGCGCCUAAAAAAGGAAAAGCACCUAUCAACGAAGCAGCAAUGUUGCAAAAAAUCAGAAGCAAUUUGAUGGAUAAUGUAAGAGACUUGAUAUCCAGUGAAAAAGAGCUGUUCCUGAUUAGUAACUACGAUAAAGACAAAUGGGACUUCAACCGUUUGAUUGCAGCCAUCGGCGUCGUUUUACCUGUUCGUCAAAGAGAGAGCUUAAUACUUUCCCUAUCAAGUGUAACACGUGAAUGCCUAAAGAGAAAGGCGAACAUUCUUAAAGGUAGACAUCGCUUAAGUUCCAGUCCGACUUUUAGAUGUAUUCACUUUCUCGUUAAUCACAUGUUGUACGUGUGGUGGUAUUAAUAAUCUAGUUGCAAUAAAUGCCGAUUAUUGACUGUUAAAAUUAUAUUCGUUGACGGUAAUUCCAUACUUACUGUAGCUAUAAUUUCAAUUUAAUUUUCAUGUAGUAAGUUGCUACGUUGUUCAGGGUAUAUAUCAUUAGCUAGAAACUACAACUGGUUUUCAGAGCUCUUUCAAGGUUUUCAUGUUUAAACGUAUUUUGUUUCAGAUAUAAUAUCUUAUAAUUGACUUCUAAGACUCGCAAGUUCAUCUGUGCACGAUAUUAGGCCUAUACUAAUUUAUAGCGAAUGAUAUGGCACGAUGCUAAUACUCCUAUUAUUUCUUGAAAUAUUAUUAGCUUCAGCUUUUGCAGUGGCACUUGUUUCAGCGGCCACUGGUACAAUUCCUGUUCCGGUAGUGGGAAGUGUCAUUAACGCUGGGCUCAUAGCAGGAACAUGCACCAUAUACUACAGACAGUUUGGUCUCCACGACAGAAGGUUAGAAGAGAUUGCCUUGCUGGAUAGAAAAUACUGGGAAAUUGUAAAAAAGCUUUGCAUUCAUUCAAUUACGGAUUUGGCUUCACCUAUUUUGCCCAAAACAUCGGCACUAACACUUGGAGGAAUCUUCGAGUCUACUCCAACAGUGAAAAUGGUCAAAUCGUUUUGUUCGACGUUGCACUAUCUUGUAAUUUUUGUAGACGAAUGUGAAGAGGCUGCUUUAGCUGUCUGGGAUAAAACUGCAAAACAAUCGAUUUAGGAUGGCUCGAAAACAAGGACAAAUGACUCACCAACACAUUGAGCUAAUGAAUAUAAUAUAUAUAUCUCGAAUUCUUUUAUUAUUGGAACGAUAACCUUGCCGCCAUAUGGGAGGUCGGUACUAAAAACAAUACGUUUUAUAGUUAAAACAAAUUCAAAUAAUUAAAAAUAUUAAGCAACAAUAUACUCUUGUAAAUUCAAUAUAUUAUAUAAGCCGUUAGCAUUCAAAAUUGUUUAAUUAAUUUAAUUAAAACUGACUAGUAUUCACGUGCACUUUUACAACUAUUUAAAUAAGGGCCUGUUUAUAUGGAGGCGAGUUACCCGGCAAGGCGAGGUUCUAUAUACACUAACCUAACAAAUGUUAUUUCCCAUAGAAAAAAUGAUACUUUCAUGCAAUACUAUAUAUAGUUAAUUUAUUCUACCGGGUGUCCCAAAAAAAAGUACUCCAGUUUGAUUCGUAAUAACUUCUAAACAAGUAAAGCUUUUAAAGAGAAAUAACUUGCAUCAAAUAGAGAAAGGACUAACUUAGAUUUCGAUAUAUUAGAGUUGUAUUUCACAUAAAAAUUCACGGAGAUAUUAAUGUUUAAAAUUGGGAGCAUAUUUCUGGAUGUGUCUGAAAUAUGCAAAAAACGGCGUAUCAAAUAUUAAUCAACAUUUGCCCGACUGAAACAUGCACUAUUACCAGUAAAUAAAUGACAUUUGACAAAUUGUUUAUUAUGAAACAAAGUAUUAUUAUCUACAAAAUACAAGCAAGAUUUAUUUGUCCGAAAUCCGUGUGCAUGUGUUCCUAUAGCACGAAUACGUUUCCUUAUUUCAUGAGACCACUGCAUCGCGAAGGAUCGUCA